UUUACUUAAUACUGCCCCUUCUUCUCCCCUUGUGUCACACCGUGUUUCUCUCCAUGUGGUCUCAAUGGCUGAGUUCGCCGGCCAGAGUCCAAUCUCCGGCCAAGCCAAAUCAUCGCCACUUCUCCUGUUCUUCCUUCAAAGACAUUCAAGACCUCUGUCGCGAAGAUUCUGUUUACGAUUCCCCUCCCAACACUCCCAAGAAGCCCUCCAUUUUCCACCGCGUCCGUCUCUCCACCUCCCUCUUUCGCUCCUGGUCCCACCGCCUCAUCCCUGACUCCGACCACCGGAUCGUCCUCUACUACACCUCCCUUCGCGUCGUCCGCCGCACUUUCGAGGACUGCCGCGCCGUUCGAUCCAUUCUCAGAUGCUUCCGCGUCCCGAUCGACGAGCGCGAUCUCUCCAUGGACUCUAGUUUCCUCGACGAGUUGCAGGAUGCGAUCGGUCAGAAGAAUCUUACUCUUCCUAGAGUCUUCAUCGGUGGACGAUACAUUGGCGGAGCCGAGGAAAUCAGGCUGAUGAAUGAGAACGGUGAGUUGAAGAGACUCAUCCACGGCCUUCCGGAGGCGGUUUCGAGGUCUUGCGAGAUUUGCGGAGGGAUUCGAUUCGUUGUUUGCGAAGAUUGCGAUGGAAGCCACAAGAUCUACGUCAAGAGGCUCGGAUUCAGAACGUGCAAUGCUUGCAACAUCAACGGCUUGAUUCGGUGCCCUUCGUGUUCAUCGAUUCGGCUGCGAAACACAGGUUCUUAACACACUGAUCAAUAGAUUUUAAAUAAAGGAUCAAACAAAUAAAAUCAAUAAUGAUAUUAACCAUUUUCCAUGGAAAUUUGUAACACAGUUUAGUUUAGUUUAGAUUUGAUUGUAAUUGUAAAAUGGUAGAGAAAUUGAAAUCUUCGAUCUCUGUAUGUUUUUCUU